AGUAAGAAGCAAUUGGCGAGAAAUCGUUACGUCCAUUCUAGCUCAUUGAGAAGAUAUUGGAUAUUGGAUAUGCGGUAUAACUGAACUGUUGCGGUACUUCCUGUUAUUUUUUUUAGAAAGAUGAUAGAAGUAGUGGAUCCAAGAGCUUCUCGAAUGCUGGUUCUAUUCAGUAUUCUCAUCAUUGUCUUACCGUUAUCCUCACUUUUUAUUUCAAAGUUUGUGUUAUCGGACUUUUUUCAUAUGGACGGUUCAGCUUCUUACAUCGGAGCUGCAGUGGUUUCGAUCGUAGUCGUCCAUAUUGUGCUGCUUGGCUUUAUAGUCGUUGCAUUUUCGGAAACAAAGCCUAAAAAAGAUACAGUAGCAGGAAAAAAGGAGUGAUUGUAUGUUUUGUCGGUGCAUGCUCAAUCCAGUCUAUCCACCCCAUAUUUUUCGCUCCCAAACCGCAUCAAACUGUAAUUUUUUGCAUUUUGUAUAUUUCAUGUAAGCUAGUAUACAGGCUCGUCCUGUGUCUAGUCACUUCGUAAUUAUAUUUUUUACCCUACAGACUGUCUUCCCUACAUCUUACAUUUAGACAUCCAUGCUUGCGGGAACAAAAUCGCCGAAAGUUCGACAAAUCCCAUGAUUAUUGUGAAUACCGUGCAGGCUAUACAGUGUUGGAGUUUCGCGCGUCUGAACGACUCAGGAAAACAUCGUUACUUUACUAAUAAUUCAUGAUUGGCUCUUAAAUAAUUUUUCUUAUCCUUGCGACUGUUGUCUCGGUGGGUGAUAGUUACAGCAGACAAUGGAACAUUAUUGUUAAGAACUGUAACUACUGUUCUCUAACGCCAUAUCCCUCCUAUCUGCCUUCAUAAAUAUGAUGUCAAUAGCUGUUUUCAUUUCUCUGACAAGCC